AGCCUGCUCGAGAAGCACCCGCGGCACGCGUCUUUCCAGAAGCUGGCAACUCGAGUUGCAGGUGAUGGCCCCCAAGGGCAAAGCAAAGAUGACCCCCGCCCAGAAGAAGCAACGGGCGAAAGAGCGCCGCGACAACCCUGACAUCAGGGCACACGAGAACGAGAUGCAGAGGCUGAGGACCCAGAUGAAGGCCAGCAAGGCCGCUGUGCGCAAAGAGUUCAAGGGCCUCUACGGGCCUGCGAGGAAGGAGUUCGUCAAGGUGUGGCGCGAGACAGGGAACUUCAACCACGCGCAGUGCAACAAGAUCGAGCGCACUGACAAAGAAACGAGAGACCAGUGGACUUCCGUGUGGAGGAACUUCGAUCAGCUCUUGACGGAUUUCGGUUGGGAGCCCAGCAUCGCGGACACCGACUACGGGAAAAGGGCGUAUGCGCGGGCCGAAGCCGUGCGCGACAACUGCAAGAAAAUGAAACGGACUCACGUGAAGGUGGACCCCCAGACUGGCGAUGAGAUCUAUCGGCGCCUGACCGAGACGAACGCGGACACCCAGGCCAAGCUCAAGAGGAUUGAGACGUCCAUCAGCAAGGACAAGGCCAUCCCUGCUGGUGCCAAGACGCAGGUGGCCGCUGCCAAAGCCGAGCCCAUGUCGGAGACGGACCUCGAGGGCAGCGAGUACAGCUACUCCCCAUCGAGCGAGGAGGAGGACCCCGCUGGAACUGCGUCAACGCAGGCUGGCACCGCCUCCGCGUCGACGAGCGGGGUCGAUCCCGUGCUCUCGAAGGCCCUUGCCGAUUCGUUGCACAUCUGGACCUUGUUCGAUGGGCUCUGCGUCGGGGAGAACACCUGGUUGAAGCCGUGGGAGGCGAAGAUCCAGGAGACUAAAGCGAACCUCGUUACGAUCAAAGAGAACAUCACGAAGACUAUUCAGGGGAAGUGUGACAAGAAGGAUACCGCGAAGGCCGAGCAGGUGAAUCGGGAGAUCCAGCAGGCUACGCACCUGUGGAACAGCCUCGCCGAGGUGAAAGCCACCAUGGAGAAUGCCCUGGGGUCCAGCGGCCUCGCGUGAGGUUUCGUUCAGGGCGGCCAGCAGGGCCAUUGCUGCUGGAGGGUGGAGGUGAGCGAGAGCGGAAAGUUUCGAUGCCGCGCGGGCUUGGAGUCGAACCCAGGAUCUUGAUGCAGAUAUACAUGUGUAUAUAGGUGUUGUUGGACAAUUUUCGGCUCGGCACGCGCGUGCCUAGUAUACCCGUUGAGGCAGGGAGCCUCGAGAGUGCACGCCUGAG